GUAUAUUGUAGAACUGUCUCAACCAGCAAUGGCUUCCGAUCUGUUUCCAGGCUUCACUAGCCAAUCUAUCGAGACUUCUGACGGUGCAAUCUUUGUCCGCACCAAGAUCGACUCAGAAAAGCCCCCUCUUCUACUCCUGCAUGGUUUCCCUCAGACACACGUCGAGUAUCACCGAAUCAUGCCCUCCCUGCUCCCUCACUUUAGUAUUAUACUCUUAGAUCUGCGUGGAUAUGGCCAAUCAGCCACCGUCCAUAGCACCAGCGGAUCCGGCUAUUCCAAGCGGCUGAUGGCCAACGAUUGUAUCUCCGUCAUGUCCCAGCUAGGAUAUAAUAAAUUUCUCCUUGUCGGACACGAUCGUGGCGCCAGAGUUGCUUACCGUCUUGCCUUCGAUCACCCUGAAGCAGUCUUAAAAGUGGUUGUUAUUGACAUUAUCCCAACUGCAGCUAUGUUCCAAGGUUUUGGAGACGUGACAGCUGGACUGAAAGCUUACCACUGGCUCUUCCUCGCCCAACCUGACCCAUUCCCCGAAAAAAUGAUUCAAGGCGCGGAUAAUGGCAAGCACUACUUGGAACAUACCUUGGCGAGUUGGACGAGGAAGAAGUCACUUGAGGACUUUGAUGAGAGGGCACUCGAGGAAUAUAGAAAGGCGUACUGCAAUGAAAAGAGGAUCCAUAGCACUUGCGAGGAUUACAGAGCUGGAGCGUUCCUGGAUAAGGUCUAUGACGAGAAGGAUUUACAAGAGGGAAACAAGAUACAGGCUCCCAUGUUGGCUAUUUGGGGCAACGCCGGAGUAUCUGCCGAGUCUUUGCAAAACAAGUCAGAAGGGCCCCUUGAAAUCUGGCAGAAGUAUGCUCGAGACGUGCGUGGCAAGGCAUUGGAGUGCGGGCACUUUAUUCCUGAAGAGGAUCCACAAGGUCUAGCUGAGGCACUGAUACCAUUUCUCCUCGAGGAGUAGCCAAGGGACUUUUCAUGUUAUCCUGAAGCCUUGACAAAAGAGCUUUUAAAAAUGAAUUAAUAACGCAAAUGAAAGAACUCUAUUCAAAUCAC